AUGCUGACCAAGAUCACGAGGAGAGUACGGCAGAUGGCGACGUCUUAUCCGAUCCAACGUGCGGCAGAAAUACCCAGCACCUUCGCCUGCGGUGCCGGCGACGUAGGUGUCGCAGCUAUCCUGAGCAGUAAGGCGCCGCCCGGACAAGUCGUUGCGCAUGGCAUCACGGCUGUACAGAUUACGGCGGGACACUGCAUCUUCUUAGCCAUGCAGGACUCGUCGGAAGCGGGAGACCCGAAAUGGUGGGAUUUGAACGAGCACCUCUUCCUCGCCUUCCACUGGCCGCAUCUCUCCCAGUCACUCCCGGUCCAACUUCGCGUGCGCGGGCCCGACGCCCCGCACACACUGGCUCAACUAGAGAAGCUGCUUUCGCGCAAGGGUGGACCGCAUCCAGUGUUCGACGCCCCCAGGGCUAUUCUCGACCGCAAGCUCACCGACCCAAAAGCCACGACCACGCACGUCGAGUACGCCGUCGACAUCACGCUUGAACGCUCCGACUCCCGCCUUAAGACCCAGCAAGCCGGCAUCCCCCUCUCCAACAGGCCACUUUCCGACAAUGCCAACCCUCAAUCCGUCACAGUGCACGCGCUCACGCCCGAGGUCGUCAUCGUCGAAUGCGUUCUCUCGCUCCAUCGCCUCGCCAACAUCGACGUCGGAGUGAUUCUGUUCACCGCGAAACAAGCGGAGCUCGUUCUGAAGCACGGAUUCGAGAUGGGCCCGUCGGAACGGAACGAGAAAUUUGCGUUCGCGGUCAAGACGUACUUCAAGGAGGUAACAAUGCCCGACGAGGUCUUCACGCACCCCGACAUCCGCAAGGAGGGCGUGGAAGCGGCGGCAAAGUACGAGUACGGCCUCCUUCAGACGGCGGGGCGAUACUACAAGCCGGAAAGUGUUCACAGGCUGGCAGGGGAGAAGCCAGAGGUUAUCCUCGAGUCCUUGAGGAAAUCGUACAGCAGUCUCGUUUAUGCCCUUGAUCUCCGUCUGAGGCACCUGCACUACCCGAAAGAGUUCGCGCUCGCCAAGUCUGCCUUCGACCCCGUUCACCGCUCGUCCACCUGCCCGCCUGUCGUUCUACCGUCUCGCUUUUGA